CAGCCUGAGAAUAUAUAAAUCGCAGGUAGGGCUGAAAUUCAAGUUAGUACGAAUACGAUCUGAGACUAUCGGCAACCUGCGGAGACAAGCGAUGCGGAGUUCAACAUCGUUCACAGUUUUCUUGAUGAUAAUUGGAACGGCGGUAUCGAAACCGUUAUGGUCGACUUUAGUGGGCACUAAUUAUCUAUAUUCCACGCCCGGAAUCAGCGCACAGCCGCAAUAUCUCGCCGCAUAUCAAAAUACGCACUCUCCCUAUUACAUUUACAAUGUUUAUUCGAAUGCGGGAGGCGUAUCAAGCACUCUUCAUGUUAGCGGUAAACCAGAGGUUUCUCACAUUCCAGCUUACAGUAUCUACUACGGAACGCCGAUUUACGAUAUCAGGAUUCCUUUAAAUCCGAUUUAUCCUGUGCUGACACCAUCGCAUCCGGGGGUUUCUCCGGUAUUUCCGCCGACAUCAACGGAAUCUUUCGACGAAGCCGAUUACGACGGCAUUGAGAAAUUAGACACAAAAAUUGAUCCAGAUACAGAGACAAAGAAGCCGGAAAAUAACGAUAAUGAUUCCAUAACUGUAGAAGCUAUAUGAGAUCAUUUUCCUCGUCACGUACAUUUAUAGACAUUUAGAAAGAAUAUAAUAAAAAUAUGAUAACCGCUUCUUUA